CCAAGCCAUUGUGAUGUACAUACACCCCCUCUGCCUACUACCCCCGCCCCUUACCCCAUCUACCCCCUUGUUGUUCUUCUUCUCCCUCUUUCUUCGCACUUCACUUCACUCACACCCGAGUCUCACACACUCCUCGCGCUACGGUAGUGAUCGGCUCCACACUUACACGCGUUUCACUGAGCGCCGCUGGAAACAAUGGGAAAGGAACCGCUUUGUGUCGGACAGAGACUGACGCGCUUCUCUGUGCUUGUUUAGGACUUUCUGCUGAUAGUCUCAUAUAUUCAGGAUCUCAUUGUCUCGUUUAACACAAUGGGCUGCUGCAGCGGACGGUGCACCCUUAUAUUUCUGUGCACGUUUCAGCUGAUGGUGGCAUUAGAGAGGCAGGUGUUUGAUUUCUUGGGCUACCAGUGGGCUCCUAUCCUUGCAAACUUCUUCCACAUCCUGGUUGUCAUCCUGGGCUUGUUUGGCACCAUUCAAUAUAGACCUCGCUACAUUGUGGUGUAUACUGUGUGGACAGCGCUGUGGGUGGCCUGGAAUGUCUUUAUCAUCUGCUUCUACCUGGAGGUUGGAGGUCUAUCAAAGGACAGCGACCUCUUGACCUUUAACAUCUCGGCACACCACUCCUGGUGGAGCGAGCACGGGCCAGGCUGUGUCCGAAGAGAGAUCCCUGCCAGCGGAAACCGUAGCGCAGACGCACAGUCCUAUAUAUCCAUCAUGGGCUGCCUGCUGGAGUACCAGUACAUUGAAGUCCUGCACAGCGGCUUCCAAAUCCUUAUCUCUCUGCUGGGUUUCAUCUACGCCUGCUACGUCAUCAGUGUCAUUACAGAGGAGGAGGACAGCUUUGAUUUUAUUGGUGGAUUUGAGCCAUUCCCACUCUACCAUGUCAAUGAGAAACCAUCUCAUCUUCUGUUAAAGCCUGUGCAUCAGUAA